AUGAUGGAAGGAAAGAGUUGUAGCAAUGAAUCAAGUAGCAAUUUAUCGGCAACCAUUGAGGGUUUGUCAGAGGAGGAAACUCAGAGAUUACUGAGUAGACUUCCGAAUGUAAAAUCAGAAGGUGGUGAUCAAAAGGAUUUCUUCAUGAGAGAAAAAUCAUUGAAGGCACCAAUUACUGCCGAGAUUAAUAGUGUUCCAUUUCCACCUGAAAUAAGUUUGGAAAAACCAAAGGAAUUGAUUGAAGAGGAGGCAAAGUUGUUAGGAUCUGAUUUGAGUGUGCUUCGUUAUUCACCAGAAGGUGUUUUGGAUAGAUCAGUUCCAUCUGUGACUAUUACCUUCUCUCAACCAAUGGUUCCUGUGAGUGGUGUUGCAGAAGUAGAAAGUCAUAAUAUUCCAGUAGAAAUUUCACCACUCCCAAAGAAGGGAGGAAAAUUCAAGUGGUUGGGAACAAAAACUUUAAUUUAUGAAGCUAAUUACAGAUUUGACAUGUCUACCAAGUAUACAGUUACUGUCAAGAAGGGUACCAAAUCAGAAAUUGGAGGAACUUUGAAGGAAGAUUUGACAUUUAGUUUUGAAACUCCAAGAUUAUAUGUAAAGCAAUUUUUCCCAAACCAACAAGCUCAUCCUCUCAACGAAGUACCAAUUUACUAUUGUGAGUUUGAUCAAGAAAUUAAUCCAAGUGAAGUGAUCAAAUUUAUUACUAUCGAUAAUCAAAGUGCCAAUUUGAUUCAUGAUGGAAAGUCUUCGAAUCCUCUCGUUGAGGAGCACAUUGUUAAAGUUUUGAAAGAUUAUGAAUUGGAGAAGAGAGAUAGGAGCAUUCAUUCGUUUUACGAACAAAAACUCAAACAUGCUCCAGAUGGAAGACAUUUGUGGUUUACCACUAGUCACAAACUUGGUCUCUCCUCUCAAGUAGUUGUCAAGAGUGGAGUUACUGGGUCAGAAGGUCCAUUACCAACACAAAAGGAUGUAAGCAAUCAAGUCAAGAAUUAUCCAGCUUUCAAGUUUGAAAGAAAACACGGUGGUGAGCUACCAAUGCAGGCUUUUGGAUUGAAUUUUACAACAAAUAUUGAUUUGGAAAAAUUAACAGAAAGUAUGGUAACUGUUUCACCACCAGUAGAAAGAAUGGAAUUAAAUCCAUACGGAUGCACUAUCAGUGUUUCUGGUAAAAUCAAAGGAAGAACUACUUAUAAGGUUUUCUUGAAGAAUUUGGUUGAUGUUUGGGGUCAAAUCCUUCCAGACACCACUGUAGAAUUUACUGUUAAAAGUGCACGUCAAUCACUCCAAGCAUUCAAGACUGGUGUGAUUGUUUUAGAUCCAACUUUGAAUCCAACUCCAACCUACCCAAUUGUUACUGUAAAUUUGGAUUCUGUACAUUUGAGUGUUUAUCAAGUCCAACCAAAUAUGUAUUCUUCAUCUAUUCUUCAUCAUAACACCUAUUCAACUAUUCAAUAUCCUGGUAAAUUGGUUUGUGAUAGUGUCAUUUCAACAAAGGGAGAAAUUGACGAACCAGUGGAGACUGAAAUCAAUCUUCAUUCCUAUCUUCAGUAUCCAUCUGAAAAUAUUGGUCAAUUGCUUGUUAUUGUUGAGCCAGAAAAAAGUAGCUGGAAGGGUGAGUGGAAUCAAAGACCUGGUUUCACAUCUUGGAUUCAAGCAACCAAAAUUUCUGUUGAUUGUGUUUUUGACACAAGUUCAUCAAGUGUAUACUAUUGGGUUAACUCAUUGUUGGAUGGAAGUAUUAUUAAGGAUAAUGUAACCUUCAAAUUCAACAAUCAUUCCCCAAAUACACCUAACUCAUCAACUGGUAUUGGUUGUAUACGUAAUAUUGGUCAUGAACAACAAUAUGGAGCAUAUGUGAAGGCUAUUGCCACUCAAGGUCAAGAUACAUGCUUCAUUCCAGAUAUUUAUCACUAUUACAAUCCAUAUCAACCACAAACUGUUGCUUGCAUGUUCAACGAUAGAGGACUUUACAAGCCUAAUGAAACAGUUUCCAUCAAGGGUUAUGUAAGAAACUUCAAUUUGAUUGACAAUGUUGAAAAGAUUGAAAUACCAAAAACUAGUUCUACUUUCACAGUCUUGGAUGCGAGAGGUCAAAAGUAUCAUUCUGGUAAUGUAACUCUGAGUGAAGAUGGUACUUUUGAUAUUCAAUUCAAAGUUCCUGAUAAUGCCAACUUGGGAAGUCACUCCAUCUCAUUAGAUGGGUUCUCUGCCUUCCAUCAAUUCCAAGUUCAAGAAUUUAGAACACCAGAGUUCAAAUCUAAAUCUUCAGUACCUGCUGGAAACUACAUUGUUGGUGGUUCUGCUCUUUGUACCACUAAUGCUACUUACUAUAGUGGAGGAGGAAUCUCAGGAGCUAAAUGCUCUUAUUCUAUCAAACAAACCAGUAGUAGUUAUGUUCCUCCAAACCAAUCCUCAUACAAUUUUGGAGGUUCCUCUGUAGCAAAUUAUUUAUUCCCAAGUGGAUCAGCUCUUGAUGUUACAAGCUUUGAAGGUACUACAGAUGUUAAUGGUGAGCAUCAAGUUGCUAUUGCCUUUGAUGAAAGUGAUCGUUUGGUAAAGACACCAGUUACCAUCUCAGUGGAGGCAACUGUACAAGAUAUCAAUAGACAAACCAUUUCUUCAUCUACUUCCUUCCUUGUUCACCCUUGUAAAUAUUAUUGUGGAAUCAAGUUGAGCAAACAAUUCGCCAAACCAAACAUUCCAAUAACUGCUUCUCUAAUUGUUUCUGACAUUGAUGGAAAAUUGGUUUCUGGUAUUCCAAUGAAAUUGAAAGUAACCACCAAUGUACAGGUAAAGAAGGGAUACAAAUUUGUUUCGGAAACUAUUGAAAUUGUUGAUGAAGUUUUCACUUCAGGAAAGGAAGCUGUUGACGUUCCUUUAAAGUUUGGAAAUGGUGGUAUCUAUUAUUUCUCUGUUGAUAUUGUUGAUUCUGAAACAGGCCAAACUAAUAACUCUUCAACAAGCUUGUACAUUACAGGUGCUUCUGUGAGGGAGCAAAAACUUGGAAAGAAUAUUACAAAGAAACAACUCACUCUACUUCCAGACAAGACUGAAUAUCAAAUUGGAGAAAAGGCUAAGAUUUUAAUUCAAUCUCCUUUUGAAACAAGGUGUGAAGGUGUUUUAUUCACAAGACUUCAUGGAAUACAUAGCCAACAUCCUAUUCAAAUUGAUGGUGAGCCUGGCUAUAUUGAAUUUGAACUUGACAUUACUUCUGACCAUAUUCCAAAUAUUUUCGUCAGUGCUGAAGUUACUGGUUGCGAAUCAAGGGUUGAUGCUAUAGGUAAUGUUCUUGAGGAUUUACCAAAACAACCUGCUUUUGCAAGUGGUGAAUGUAUGAUUAAGGUUUCAAAGAUUUCCAGAACCUUAUCUGUUGAAUCCAAGCCUGAAAGGGAAUAUUUGACACCUGGAAGCGAAACUAGCAUUGAUGUCAUUGUUAAGGAUCCAAUAACUGGUAAACCUUUAGAAGGAUGUGAAGUUUGUAUCAUUGCUGUGGAUGAAGCUGUAUUGUCAUUAACUGGCCACACCAUUGCUAAUCCUCUAGAUACAUUUGUUAGAGAAUACAGCAGCUAUUAUCAAACUUAUUCCAUCAGAAAUAAUGUUUUUGUUAAGAGCUAUGAUGGUAUUGUUUUCCAAGAGGAACUACCGUUAAUGCGAAGUCCUACUAACUGUUGUCGCUUUGCUAGAGCAUGCAGUUCUUGCGCUAAUUGUUGUUUUGAAGAUUGUAUGAAUGAAUGCUGUUGUUGUGACGACCUUUGUUGCCAAUGUGCAUGUUGUGGUGAUGGUUGUGUAGGUGGAUUUGGUGGAGGAGGAGCUAAACUAUCCAAACAACCAAAGAUUGUAGUGAGAUCUAAUUUCAAUCCUCUUGCCAUCUUUAGCCCAACCAACAAGACAAACUCUGAAGGAGUGGCCUCUGUUAAAUUUAAACUUCCUGAUAAUCUUACCAAGUACAGAAUCACAGCUGUGGCUGUUAAGGGAGAUUGGAAUUUUGGAAUUCAUGAAUCAUCUAUGAUUGCUCAACUUCCAUUGUCAAUCAGACCAUCCCUACCUCGUUUCUUGAACUUUGGCGAUAGAGCAGAAUUUACAUGUGUUUUACAAAAUCAAACCCAAUUAAGUUUGGAGGUACAUGCUGCUAUUAACUUUACCAAUUUGAACUUGUUGGAUACCUCAAAGAAAGGACUCAAGAUUAGAAUACCAGCUUUAGGAAGGGCUGAAUUGAGAUUCCCCAUGACUACUGAUAGGGUGGGUGUGGCCAGAUUCCAAGUUGGUGUCUCUAUCGCCACUUCUGGUGUAAACUUCUCUGAUGCUGUUGAAAAAGAAAUCAGAGUAUUUACUCCAGCCACAACUGAAGCAUUUGCAACUUAUGGUGAAAUGGAUGGUGAUAGCUCAGUGUUCCAACCUGUAAAGGCUCCUCAAGAUGUUUUCACACAAUUUGGAGGUCUCAAGAUUUCAACCAGCUCUACUGCAUUGUCUUCACUCACUGACAGUUUCCUUUAUUUGUACAAUUAUCCUUUCGCAUGCUCUGAACAAAUUUCUAGUAGAUUAUUAUCAAUUUUAGCUCUUAAAGAUAUUCUUCUUGCUUUCAAAUUACAAGAGCUUCCAACAAAGGAAAACCUUGAUGAAAAUAUUAAUCAAGGACUCAGACAAUUAUCAACAAGACAAUAUCCAAAUGGUGGAUUCAGCUACUGGUCAUUUAAUGGAGUGGAUCAUCGUAUCAGUCCAUACGUUACAUGCCACGUCGGUCAUUCCCUUGCUAGAGCCAGGCUUGCAGGAUAUUCAGUGAAUGAAUCCACUCUCUCAAAAUUGGUUCCAGUAUUGAGAAGUAUUGAAAGUUAUUGUGAGAACUACUCUGAGGAGACUAUCAAAUCACUCAAGGCAUAUGCCUACUAUGCUUUGGCAUUGUUAGAUGAUUCUGAGGCAAAGAAUUUAGCUGAAAAACUUUAUCAAACUUACAAACUUUCAGGUAAUUUUGAACAUUUAGCUUGGUUGGCUACUGCCAUAUAUUUAUCAAAUAAUAAGAGAGCCACUACUUCUGUUAAUCAAAUCAUUGAACAUUUGAAUAAGCAUGUGAAUGAAACUGCUCAAACAGCAAACUUUAUCACAAGCUAUGGUGAUGCAAUGGCCACUAAACAUGUCAUGUUGCACAGCAAUCGUAGAACUGAUGGUAUUUGCUUAGAAGCUCUUAUUAAUAUUACUCCUCAAAAUUAUAUUAUUCCAAAGAUUGUCAAGGGCUUACUGGCUCAUAGAAAGAAAGGUAGAUGGGAAAAUACUCAAGAAAAUGUUUUCAUCCUUCUUUCCCUUAAUACAUACUUUAACGUAUUCGAAGGUGUGACACCAGAUUUUGUUGCCAACAUGUGGCUAGGUGAAGAUUAUUGUGGAGAGCAAGUUUUCAAGGGAAGAUCCAAGGAUGAAAACCAAUUGAGCAUUCCAAUGAGUUUAUUAGAGAAUGGUCAAAAGACACUUGCUAUUUCCAAGCAUGGACCUGGAAGAUUAUAUUACAGAAUUGGAAUGGAAUAUGCUCCAAAGAACUUGCUUGUUGAUGCAUUGGAUUAUGGAUUUGAAGUUCAAAGAACUUAUGAACACGUGACUGAUUCUUCUCAUGUUACAUUUGAUAGAGAAAGAAACACUUGGAGAUUUAAGGCUGGAGAAUUGGUUCGUAUCAAGUUGACCAUGACCAAUACCAGUCGUAGAUAUCACGUUGCAUUAGUUGACUUUUUACCUGCUGGUCUUGAACCAAUCAAUCCAGAAUUGAAAGGAACUCCAGAUAUUGCUACUGUAAGUGGAAGUGGAACCAAUAGUAGAUCAAACGGUUGGUGGUGUUGGUGGUUUAAUCCAAUUUGGUAUGAACACCACAACAUUAGAGAUGAGAGAGUUGAGGCAUUUAGCUCAUUGUUAUGGGAAGGCACUCACGAAUUUACCUACAUUGCUAGAGCUACCUCAAUCGGUUCAUUUGUUAUCCCAGGUGUGAAGGCAGAAGAAAUGUACACUCCUGAAAUAUUUGGAAGAAGUGCUACUGAAUUUGCUGAAGUUUUUGAAUAAAUAACAUUUUUCAAAGUCUA